UCCCGUGAAGAGAAGCCAAACGUUCACCGCUAAUGCGAAGAAGAGGCAUCGCGGCCAACAGCUGUUCGCACUGCCUAUCGCCUAUCGAUAGCCGUGGGUGUCGCAGCAGGCAGCUUUUGUGGCAGUGUGCCAAAUUGAAAACAGCUGCCAGCUGAGAAGUGAGAAAUUAAAUAACAAUAACAAACUAGGAAUAAUCACAGAAACCGAUGGCUUUGCGCGGUUCGCACCGCCUGGAAGUGAUUCUCAGGCGCUGCCUGGCAUCCCCGGUGCUCCACGGCCAUGCCCCCAAGCGGACAAGCAGCCACGUAACGACUAAAGACGACGAUCCAAAAUGUAACAGUGACAGUGGGCAAGAUCGGCAAAAUGGCGGUCAAAAGGAGAAAGGCUGGCGGAGAUUGGUGCGCUUCUUUGUGCCCUUCUCCCUGGGCGCCGUGAUCAGUGCGGUGGUCAUUCAGCGCGAUGAUCUCACGCCCACGAUCGCCGCCUCCAAGAUGAGCGGCCGGCGGCGGGACUUCAACUUUAUAGCGGAUGUGGUGGCGGGAUGUGCGGACUCGGUGGUCUACAUCGAGAUCAAGGACACCCGCCACUUUGACUACUUCAGCGGCCAGCCGAUCACGGCCUCCAAUGGCUCUGGUUUCAUCAUCGAACAGAACGGCCUCAUCCUGACCAACGCCCAUGUGGUGAUUAACAAGCCGCACACGAUGGUCCAGGUGCGCCUGUCCGACGGCAGGACCUUUCCCGCCACUAUAGAGGACGUGGAUCAGACCUCCGACCUGGCCACGCUACGCAUACAGGUCAACAAUCUCUCGGUGAUGCGUCUGGGCAAGAGCAGUACCCUGCGUUCCGGCGAGUGGGUGGUGGCCCUGGGCAGCCCGCUGGCCCUGAGCAAUACCGUGACCGCUGGCGUCAUCAGCUCCACCCAACGUGCCUCCCAGGAACUUGGCCUUCGCAACAGGGACAUCAACUAUCUGCAAACGGAUGCUGCCAUCACCUUUGGCAACUCCGGCGGACCCUUGGUCAAUCUGGACGGCGAGGCCAUUGGGGUUAACUCGAUGAAGGUCACUGCAGGCAUCAGCUUCGCCAUACCCAUUGAUUAUGUGAAGGUCUUUCUGGAGCGGGCUGCCGAGCGGCGCAAGAAGGGCUCGGCCUACAAGACCGGCUAUCCGGUGAAGCGGUACAUGGGCAUCACCAUGCUGACGCUCACGCCGGACAUCUUGUUCGAGCUGAAGUCGAGGAGCCAGAACAUGCCCAGCAAUCUCACGCAUGGCGUGCUCGUGUGGAAGGUCAUCGUGGGGUCACCGGCGCACAGUGGUGGCCUGCAACCCGGCGACAUAGUGACCCACAUCAACAAGAAGGAGAUCAAGAACUCCUCGGAUGUGUACGAUGCCCUGGCGGACAAUAGCAAAAACCUGGACAUGGUGAUCCUGCGAGGCGUAAAGCAGAUGCAUGUAACCAUAACGCCAGAAGAUCCCUAGUGAAACCUACAAGCCGCACCUGUAUGCCUCGAUCUACGACGGAUAUAUCGUGUUCGCCUGAUUUGCAAUAUACAUAUACAUAUAUUUGUAAGAGAAACAGACCGAUCCUGGGAAGAAAUCGCUGACAAACCCACCCCACACACGCUCCUAUUCCAAAUCGAGUGCCUGCCUAUAUUUGUCUCUGACUAACGAGUAGGGAAAUUUGCAUAGAUCGCCGGCUCGUUAUCAGCGGGCAUUAUUAACGGCGACACGACCAUAAGUUAAUCUACGCAUCGUAUGGCACAAAAAUGUAUCUCCGACUGGGUCGAUUGGGUCGUCUGUCCGUUUCUGUUUCCGAACAUCAUCGAUUUCUCUUUCAUGGAGCGCUGUGCGUGUCCCCGUCCAUCCGUCCGUCUGUCGGUCCGAUUGUCCCCAUCCAACAACGACAAAAAUGUAUUUACGCUAAUUGAAAUAUCUUGCGUUGCGAUCAAUCGAUGCCAUAUUUUUUAUAGGCCAAACCUCGGCGGCGCACAAAAUGCAGCAGCGGGGCAGCAGCAACAACAUCAGCCGCAAAAACGUCGAAAACCGAAAUGCAAAUUUCAAUAAAUUUAUGCAACUGUAUUCCCAGCGCUUCACUUGGCCCCAGCUGUUUAUACCCUUGAUUGAGGUACUUCAAAUACGUCUUUAAGCUUGGCCAAGAAAGAAAUGAUAUUUCUCAGGAUUUUUUUUAGUUUUUGGGUAUUUAAAAGAU